UACACUACUGGUCCAGUUGGAACAUAAACACCCAACCAAGGCCAUCCAUCCUACGGUUUACCUAACUUAUAAGUUCAAUCAUUCGUGUGCGAAUGAUUGUGUAUGUCUUUCUUCACUUUGUUUUAAGUGAAGGAAGUUGGAUAUACAAGUUAAUGGGUUCUAGUGGUGUCUGCGCUUCUUACGACGAGGAAAAUCAAAAUGAGAUAUCGACAAUAACUUAGCCAACCUGAGGAUGGAUUUUGCGAGAAUGGAGGUAGAAGCAGCUGUGGCAGCUGGUGUGAUACAGAAUUUCGACCCCAAUAGCUUGCAGUAUCAGUGUGUGGUAUGUUCACGGGCAGGCUGUGGUGAUGUCCUUCCCCACAUCUUGAGCAAGGAACACAAGAACAGCCUCAUCUGGGAGGCCAUCCGACAGUCUCCACCCUCAAAGGCUCUCCUGAACCAAAUGCCAGAUGUAGUUCGCGCUGCAAAGCUCAAUGAGGAGGUUGGGGCCGUGGACAAGAACCAUUUUUCAUACAGGUGCAAUAUUUGCUAUGGAAAGAAACCUUUUAAUGGGGUGGCACCUCUUGAAGCUCAUCUUAGAGGCAAGGAACAUGAAAAGUCCAAGAGAAACAUGCAGUACACAACACACUGUGCUCGAACUGUUGGAGAGCCAGUCCAAGUUACAGCUCCCAUGCAGAAGGGUUCCUUCCAUUUAAGUAGCUUCGCAAAUCAAACCUCAGAAUAUGGCAUCCCCAAUGCCAGAGCAUCUCCUCCAGAAGCAGACCAGCAUGUACAUGCACCCACACCCACAGCAGGAGCUUGGCUCGGGAUCCCACAUCCACCAUUGCUUUCACCAACAGACUUACAAAGAGAGCGAGGAGGCCUCACUAUGCCGAAGACAUUCGACUCCAUGGGUAAGGAGUCACUCUCCCCUGAAGCUGUUGAGGCCAUCCACUCUGGCAUAGUGUCAACUAGUAAUGGGCUCUCUUACUAUUGCAAUGCAUGUCAGGUGCCUUUGACAGGUGCCAGGCCCUUGGUGCAGCAUGUUGAGGGGGAGAGGCACAAGAAGACUGCCAGGAUGACAUUGUAUCGUCAGGAGUUCCCUAACAUAGCAGGCCUGACGCUGUCUCCGGACCCGAAGACUAGGCUCAACAACCCCCCAAUAGUGCCGCCUGCUGACAAGAAGCUUGCUCCAGAUUCGAAGAAUUUGAGUAACAACCUCCAAUUGAAGUUGCCAACAAAUAAUGAGAUUGACGGGAAGAUGACUUUUCCAUGGACUGUGAUAGUGUGUCGUGAUCCCAUACAGCCCAGCGAGAAAAUCUACAGGAACCUCAGCUUUCCCCGUGGCUUAGUUAGCAUCUUCAAUUACCAGUUCUCUGGCGAGCAUAUGCGGUUUGGAGCGAAAAGAGACACCAUCAACCUUAAGACACUAUUUACUAUGAUGGGUUAUCGUGUUGAAGUGUAUGAUGACCUUACCGGAGAAGGAACAUUGAAUAAGCUCAGGAAUAUUCAAUCAGAUGAGUGUCUUAAGGAUUAUGAUUCCUUCAUCUUGAUUGUUCUCAGCCACGGCAAAGAGGACACGGUGUUCUACACAAAUGGCUACGGACCAAACCAGAUGCAGGAGAUGAGCUUGAACGAAUUGCGUAACUACUUCACAGACAAGGCGUGUCCUUCUCUUAAAAGUAAACCAAAGAUAUUUCUAGCCAAUUUUUGUCGAGGAAAGCUUCGGGAGGAAUCACGCAACCCCUUGACAUCAGACUUUGUUGAAACAUCAACUGAGGCAGCUCCUCAGGAUAUGACAACAAUAUACGCCAGUAUUAACAACUUCGGGGCAUUGAGGGAUCCUGAAAAGGGCACUGUGUUUGUGCAGUCUCUGUGUGAAGUGCUGGCAAAACACUCCCAUAAUACCCAGCUUGCCGAUCUUUACCUCGAGUUAUGCAAAACAAUGAAGGACAAGGAUGGAACAACUCCAGAGAACCAGCUCUAUAAUUUCAAACAUUUUUAUUUCAAUCCUGUUAAUUGAAUUUUAAAAUCAUAACCAGAAUUUAAAGCUAAAUGGAAUAAGCAAAGUAGGAGAAUUUUAUAUGGAGUAAAAGAAUGUUAAUCAAAACUGGAAUGCAGUGCUAGAUAUGUUAAGCAUAUGUUAAAAUAAAUAAGGGGGUGUGACAGUUUGAUGGUGCAGGGCUGUAGACGACCUUGGAACUAGGUGUUCCCAAGGAAACACAUCUAUGCAAGACAAGAUAAUUAGUAUCACAGAGUUGUGCAUAAUGGUACAGAACUUUAACUCCCCGGCUUGAUGCCUUCCUUUGAUAAUUACUUACAGAACUUUAACUUAAACCAUUCGUAUAUGCUGCAUUAACGCAGAUCCAUAGUUCCUGUUUAUAUAUAACGUGAUAACAGUAUUAUAUGUGCAAAUAAUUUACAUAUAAAGGGUUUUUGUUAUAUCUAAAUAUUAAAGUAAGUUACAUA